CAAGCAGACCUACUGUAACACAGAGCCGGGGAUCUCUCCUCACGUCUGAACCCCAGUGAUGCCCGGGGUCCUCCUUUUAUACUGGAUAUAUCCAGUGCUGCUGCGCUGCGCGGACCUUUCCAGGAGCUGUGCGUCCUGCAGUCAGCUGGAUCGGCAGGUUUGAGAGGCUUCAUGUGAGAAAAGUGAACUCCAGUAGACACCGUGUUACUGUGGAUGGACAGCGCAGAAGUGCAUUUAUCUCUGGAUUUAUACUCACCGCGUUCAUCAAGGAUUAUCUGCCUCACUAAUCCGGCUCCUGGUCGGAUGACAUUUUAAAAAAAGGAGAAUGUAUGGAAUAAACCAGCGCUGUAUUUACAUAUCGUUUCAUUUUUUCGUGCUGUGGUGUCAUGCUCAGGGGGAGAAUCACCCGUCUCCUAAUUUUAAGCAGUAUGUGAGGACGCAGGGCGCAGUGACGGACCAGCUGAGCCGCAGACAGAUCAGAGUCUAUCAGCUCUACAGUCGCACCAGCGGGAAACACGUCCAGAUUCAGGGCAAACGGGUCACCGCCACAGCUGAGGAUGGAAACAUGUACGCUCGCCUGUUUGUUGAGACAGACACCUUUGGCAGUCGAGUGAGGAUAAGAGGAGCAGAAAGCAGGCGUUACCUCUGCAUGAACCGGAAGGGGAAACUCGUUGGAAAGCCCAAUGGCCGGAGCAGGGAUUGCAUCUUCACAGAAAUAGUGCUGGAGAACAAUUACACAGCGUUCCAGAAUGCCAAGUAUGAGGGCUGGUAUGUGGCUUUCACCAGGAAAGGGAGGCCUAUCAAAGCCUCCAGGACGAGGGAGAACCAGAGAGAGGUCCAUUUCAUUAAGAGGCUCCACACAGGUCCACCUCCCUUCCCCAACACAGACCAAAGCAAACACUUUGAGUUUAUCCGAUUUCCAUCCCCACGCCGAGCAAAAAGGAACAGGAAAUCACAUACUUCUUCCUAACAUGCAGCCAAAGAAAUGAACUGAUGCCAGCUGUGGCACAGGAAGAAACAGAUGCUAUUUUAUUUUUGUAUAUUUUGAUAGAUAAGCAAAGGUUAAAAUGCCAUAAAUCUAAAGUAAUAUUGCUGUAAAAUGGUCAUGUGUAAAUACUGAAAAAGAGUAAAGCAGAUGGAUUAUUUAA